AUGUCGUGGCACCCACAGUACCACAGCUCCAAGUUCCGCCACGUGUAUGGCAAAGCUGCCAGCAAGGACAAGUGCUACGACUGUGUGCCCAUCACCCACAAUGUCAAUGACAACCACUUCUGCGCCGUGAACCCCAGCUUCAUCGCGGUGGUGACCGAGUGUGUGGGCGGUGGUGCCUUCCUCGUCAUCCCCAUCAAGCAGACAGGCAAGCUUGACCCACAUUAUCCCAAAGUAUGUGGGCACAAAGGAAAUGUUCUUGAUAUCAAGUGGAACCCAUUCAAUGACUUUGUAAUAGCUUCGUGUUCAGAAGAUGCCACAGUUAAAAUCUGGGACAUCCCCAACCAGUUGCUAAAAAGAAACAUUACCACUCCGAAGAAAGAACUUCUUGGGCAUGCUCGAAGAGUUGGUCUGAUUGAAUGGCAUCCCACAGCUGAUAACAUCCUCUUCAGCUCUGGCUAUGACUACAAGAUAAUGAUCUGGAACCUUGGUGUCGCGGGUGCUGUUCUUUCAAAGCCAGUGAAGAUUCUUGAUGCUCACAAAGAUGUGGUCCUCUCCAUGUCAUUCAACACAGAUGGCAGUCUCCUUGCCACUGCUUGCAGGGACAGAAAGAUACGUGUGAUAGACCCUCGUGCUGGAACAGUCCUACAGGAAGGAAACUACAACUCUCACAAAGCCAGUAAAGUCUCAUUCCUUGGAAACAUGAAAAUGCUGUUUUCUACUGGAACAUCUCGGUGGAAUAAUAGGCAAAUUGCAUUAUGGGAUCAAAAUGACCUUUCUGUGCCUUUACUGGAGGAGGAUCUGGACGGCUCCUCAGGACUACUAUUUCCCUUCUAUGACUCUGACACACACAUGCUUUACUUGGUGGGAAAGGGUGAUGGAAAUAUACGGUACUAUGAGAUAAGCCCUAAGAAGCCAUACCUGAACUAUCUGAUGGAAUAUCAUUCUCACUUACCACAGAAGGGAGUUGGAAUGAUGCCAAAGAGAGGUCUUGAUGUGGCAGCUUGUGAAAUUUUCCGUUUCUACAAACUGAUACCAACUAAAAGCCUGAUUGAGCCCGUCUCCAUGAUUGUGCCUCGACGGUCGGAGUCAUACCAGGCAGAUAUCUACCCCAUGACUGCAGCAGGCCAACCGGCACUGACAGCAGAAGAAUGGCUCACUGGGAUUAACAAAGGGCCUCUCUUGGUAUCUUUGAGACCAGACUCUGAAGAUGUGAAGUCCCUACCACAGUUUCUUGAGCCAGAGUCCCCCAUGGACGCUACUGCCCUGAGCCAGCAAGAGGAAGUGCAAGGAAGGAUGUCACUGGAGGACCAGCAGAUGCCAGGAGAGAUUGAAAGUAGCAGAAAACGGCAGAAAGUGGAUGAGAGUCUGCCAGAAAAUGAGCAAAUGUGCCUCUCCAAUGGCUUUGACAUAUUUGAGUGUCCACCACCAAAAACUGAAAAUGAGCUUUUACAGAUGUAUUACCGGCAACAGGAAGAAAUCCGUCGACUACGUGAGCUGAUAAUCCAGAGAGAUAUCCAAAUAAAACAGCUAACACUGCAGCUCAAAAACCUCUGCAUAGACAUAGGCAAUUAA